UGGCACCUCAACUAUUAUGCCAUAAUUAUAGACAAAAAUUUCAACAAUUUCGUAAUAACAGUAGAAAUCUACAACGAAAUUUGAAUACAUGCCGCGAUGAUUUAUUACUUAGUGACAUUCAGAUUGAUAUCAAGUGGGGAGAUGAGGUAAGACGUUUAAGUUUUUUGUCCUCGUCAGGUUUAAGUAAACUUGCACGAUUUAUUCAAUGA